GUUCUGGACCGGCACGGAAGUCCUCCGCAGCUCCGCUGCCGUGAUUGCUGGCCGUCUCGUCUCUUUGCUUUCCCCCGUCUACCAUUCCUCGUAGCGUCGUGUCUCAUAUGCACCGAGAAGGCAAAAGAGCAGUGAAGGCAAUUAGGCAAAGCCGAGAGGAACGACGCGAUCGGCCGCUUUGGGGAGGAUCGGAGGGGUGAAAAAGGUUCAACGGAACAGAGGAGUACGCCGACCGAAGAGGGCCUCGCGCACCGCAUGUGAAGUGUCGUGCAUCCGCGUUGGGCCAGCGGUUGGGAAGGGCGCACACGCUGCUCUGGCGCAAACAAAGCUGCUCUGCCUUCUGGCCUCUGCCUCUCCGGUGCCGGGCGGGCGGGCGUCACGCACCGACCACGACCGGGGGGAGUUGGUUAAAGCGUGGCUGGAGGCGUGGAGCGUACCUGCUCACCUUGAACAGACCGCGACGCGCGACUGAUCCAACGACCAGCGUCGUUUGCGGUUCGCGUGCAGCGUGCUGCCGUGCUCCGACGAUCCCGACUGCACUGCGAGAGACGGCAGGCAGGCCCGGGGGCAAGGAGGGUCGUAGUCUCGUAGAAAAAGGAAGGCGCAGGAGCGGAGGGACGUGGAAGAUCGGGGGAGAUCCGGCGGAAGUGGAGGAGCGCGGAGGCGGAGGCGGAGAAAGGCGGCGACCAGCGAGGGAGAUGAAGAGAAAGCCCCUGACGCUGGAGAAGUACCACCGCUUCUUCCUCGACCCAUGUGGCACCCGCAUCACCAUCGACCAACUCAACGAGGUACGUACUGUCAAAUCUCCCCCUCAUCCGGUUCGUCGUCCUCCAAUUUCUCCUCACUCUUCAGGGUUCCUGCAUGCAUGUUGAUUUUCAGUGUCCUAGCAUUUCCUCUUCGUCGAGCUCGAUCGGUUCUUCAUCCCCUCAAUUUUAGCUUAUUUAUUUGUUCCAUCUUUUAAAUAAAUUGUAACGCGCAUCUCCUGCAGAUCCUGUUCAUUCAUGGCUUCAUCAAGCACCAUCAUGGGAGAAAGGUAAAUCGCGCACCAACCAACUCACCGGCCCCCAAAACCUCCAUUAAACCCCUGUUCUGACUUCUGAGUUGUUUUCGUGUGACUGACGCGCAUGGAGCUGUGCUUGCGAGGGCCCCUCCGAACAGGGCAGGAUCAUGGAGUGCCUGGUGGGGCAGGUGGACCUGCUGCCGCCGCGCCGCUCCACGCUGCACCGUGAGGCGCUGUCCACCGCGUCCCCGCCUUCCGCGGCCGCCAUCACCGCGGCGCAGGCCAGGGACGACGUCGCGGCGAUCGGGUGGGUCGAGUGCCCCAUCGGCUGCGUCGCCGCGUUCGGCGCGCCGGGUACCGACGCGCCGCAGCCGUUGGAGCGCGUGCCCCGGCCCGCCGACUUCGUCCUCGCCGGGCGCCGCCCGCGGUCCAAGCGGACGCGCCGCUCCGCGUACGGGCCGCCCAGUGACGUCGCCGCGUCCACGAAGGUGAAGGCGGGCGCGCCCAGGAAAAAGGCGAACGUGAUCGUGAAGGAGGAGCCGGAGCAGGAGCUGUCGUCGCUGCCCCCGCUGCCCCCGCCGCCUCCACCGCCGCUUUGGAUGCGGUCUCCCACUCCACCUCCACCGCCUUCGCCGCCCCCGCUGCCAUCUCCUCCGCCUCCGCCACAGGACGUGGCGCCGCGGCCUUCGCCCCCGUGCCAGCCUCAGCCUACGUUGGCGCCGAUCCCCGCGCCACCAGCUUGGGGCACGCCCACGGUGCUAUCGCAUCCUUCACAGCUGUUCUGGGGCUUGCCGCUGCCCACACUGCGAGGGCCAGCGCCGGGGUGGAGCGUACCCAGGGUUCCGCCGUCUAACCCGGCGCCGUUCUGGGGCGCACCCAGUGUGCUGCCGCCGUUGCCGCCGCAUGUGCCCUGGCGCUGGCCGCCCACCCCGGCGCAAACAGCGCACCCGCCCGUGCACCUGCUGCGGUCACCACUUUCCCUACUGCUACACCAGCCACAGCUGCAUUUGCAGGGGCAGCAGCCGCCUCCUGCGCUUCCUCAGACACCGCCGCCUCCCAUGCAACACCAUCCACCGCCACAUUUCUACGGGCAGCAUCCACCUCCUGCUCUCCUUGAGACACCACCGCCUCCUAUGCACAUGCAGGUGCGCCGCCCGCCGCCGCAUUUGCAGGGGCAGCAGCCGCCUCCUGCGCUGCCUGAGACACCAUCACCUCCAGGAGUGUCCUGGGGCAGACCGGCGUUCCCGGUUCUUUGAGUGUUGCUAAGCUUCAGAGAUCAAACACAUGGAUAGUGAACUGAAGAUAAUCAGGUUAUUUGUUGUUUGAACUCUGAAAGGUUAACAGCUGUUUGUGACUGUGCCUUCUGUUUUCUGCCCCUUAGUUAGGAGUAUUAGUUUUACCCCUUCUGUAUCAAGCAGUUAUAAGUGUGAACAUACUGUCAAAUCAGAUGAAAUAAAGAAGUAUUAUCCCUCUUGAGAUCCCUCAGCUUGUAAUAUCAAAAAAGAGGAUAGUAAGUUAG